UGUAUGGAGGUUUCUAAUAUCAAUGAUUUAUCUGAACUAAUUAAGGAGAAAGAGAAAGUAUACUCAUUUAGAAAACUUGAAUAAAAAGAUGCUAAGAAAAUCUAAUUACUUAUGACUAAAUCAUUUGCCCAUGAAAAUCAAGGAAUGAAAAUAUUAUAAGUAACUGAAGAAGAUCUGGACACAGAAUUCAAUCUUAAAUUAUAGUAAUUAUUUUUCUUAAGUUUCCAUUAGUGAUUUGAUGGUUUAAGAGAAUUUAUCUUUCGGAGUAUUUUUUGGAGAUGAAUUAGUAUCUGCCUGUUUGACUUAUGACUUGUCUUCAAACAAUGACUUACAUAUUGAAGGAUCAGAGCCAUCUAAAGUUAUGUUAGAAAUUUAAGAAUUAGUAGAAAUUCUGCUUGACAAAUAUGCUGAUACAAAAAAUUUAGGAAAAAAAGAAAUAGCUUAUUUAAGUCAUCUUGCUACAAGAGCUGAUCACUUUUAAUAACAAUUAGCUCUUUCCUGUGCCUAUUUGUCAGCUGAAGAAUGUAGAAAGCAAGGUUUCAAAUAAAUGAUCACUGAGGCUGCCCAUAUUGGUACAUAAAAGAGUUUCUCUAAAAUUUUCAAAAACUUUGAGAAAUUUAAGGAAAUUAAGGAACUCAAAGGAUAACCUGUUGAUAUUGUUUCCUUAAUUGGAUCAUUCAACACUCCAUGA